AUGCCGCUCAACAAAGGCAUUUCCGAGGUUGAUCUGCUUCUGUUUGCCGAUGAACUCAGCGAAAAAGCUAAACACCUGAGCGAGGCGCUGGCGAACGCGCUGCGGGGACACGCGGCGAGCAUCCGCUGGAUUCACUACAACCAAGUGGUGCUUCUCAACAGCAGCGUGAGUACUUUGAACAAGAGUUUGAACUCUUUCCAGAGGACAUCCCUUGCUCUGCAGAGUGCGAUUACAGAAGCCAUUGACAAAUUGGACAUUGCCCAGAGUCUCAUCAAUAACAAUGCCUCAGAGGUUAUCAUUGGGGAAAUGAAGACCUAUAUGGAGACUAUAAUAGGAUACUUCGAGAGUUACGUUACUUGGACAAAGUUUUCCAUUUCCAACAAGGUGGGCGCCUGCAAGCCGCUCUCCGACCUGGUUGACUCUGUAGACAUCAUUGUGUGCAGCUACGUGAUGGACUCGCUGGUGAGAGGAGACGCUUCUGAGUUGUGUACCAGAGAGUAG